GAGUGGCUUGAGACUCGUGAAUAAGUCGCUAAAAAGCGAGGAAGCUCUCAGCUGCGUCGCUGCCACUUCUACAUGGGCUCAUUUUUUCAAGCAAUGGCAACUGAUUCCAGCCAUUGGAUCUCUGUUUGACCUCCUAGAAUCGCUCACAACUCAACUGAGCAGUAGGAUCACACUUGUCAUGGUUCAUCGCAGUCGACGCCGUUGCAAGAAAAUGUCCGACUGUACGACAAACGCUUCAUUGCACUUGUACGCACGCUGCGGCCGAGCGGACGCGGCUCGAAUCCAACUCCGACAUGGCGCCGACACGGAGAUCCGCGACGUUCAGGGCCUUACACCGCUGUUAGUGGCAGCACGGUACAACCAACUGGAAGUGCUUCAAGCUCUGCUUCAACAUGGUGCACGCACAGACGCGUCCGCGCCUCUGGGUACAGAUUUUGAGUAUGGACCCGAGCUUGGUACCUGUCUCCACUUUGCGACUGAGAGCGGCCACGUACAAAUUCUUAAGUUUUUGAUAACAGCAGCAGCGCUAGAUGCAGACGAACGUACUACUGGAGCACAGGAGAUGACGCCACUUCACUUGGCUGCACGACUCGGUCGUGCAGAUAUUGUACGGUACCUGAUUGUACGACCCGAUGUAGACAUCAAUGCACUGGACGCACGCGGCAUGACAGCGCUGCACCACGCAUGCGACUAUCCCAACACCCACGACGCUGACACGACGUCGGAUUCUCCGUCGCAAUAUCUCUUUGAUGCAGCGCAUGUCGAAGUAGUGGAAGCACUAGCCGCCGCCGGCGCUAUUCUAGAUGUACGUCGCUCCAGUGACUGGGCUACACCGUUGCGGUGUGCCAUGCACCAAGGACAUUUCCUAGUGGCCAAGGCGUUGGUGGACCGAGGUGCGUACAGCGGUGUUGCCUGGUGGAUGCACAAGGUCAAGAUGUUCUUAUCCACACCAGUUAGAACGCGAGACCCAGCUCGCCAUACCCGGACAAGGAAGAAGUACUGGAAACGGCGUAUACUACGUAGAGACUCAAGUGUCUGGGACACUGAGAUCAUUGGUGACACCGAUCCCGUCGGUGCACUACGAGAUUUAGCUAACCGUCACGAGGCCGCGAUUCAUGCAGCGUGCAAGUCUCAGAACUUACGACGGCUUCGGGACGUUCUGAUGGGUCAAGGAGAUGCCUGGGUUAACUCACGAGUUUCGUCGCCUACGUUAGACGACUGUACGGGAUGGACGGCACUACAUAUCGCUGCAUCUAGCGGGUGGCAGGCUGGUCUAGUACUGCUGGUUGCACACGGGGCCAACGUGGAGUUAACAACGACUGAGAACAAGGAAUGUGGAUCUACAGCACUGCAUUUAGCAGCACACAAUGGGUAUUCGUCGUGUGUACUUACACUCUUGGAUGCUGGGGCAGACAUCAACGCUUGUGAUGACCUGGGUGAUACCCCCGUAUUGAGUGCACUUCGCCACGGACACUCGAGAGUAGUGAAGCUGCUGCUGCGUCACGGGGCUACGUGCGAGUCCCAGAACGUAGUCGAGUCUGUAGAGCCGCGAUUCGAUGGAACCGAGUCAAUAUUGGGUUCAUUUGAUCCCCGAAUGACCUCAGGUCUGCACCUCGCAGCGUUCUUCGGACUGUUAUCAGUCGUUAGAGAAUUAGUCGAGACCUCGAACCAACUCUUCGCGCUAGACGCAGUCGAUGACGACGGAGCGACACCACUAUGGCUUGCUGCACUUAUGGGCCACGUAGAGGUUGUAGACUUCCUGGCCCAACAAGGAGCCAACAUGCAUCACCACGUCGGAGGUGAUUCUGCGUCCGACUGUGCUGCUGAAUUUGGCCACCUCGAAGUCGUCGAAUACAUUUCAGCAUCGUCACCAGGUCGACAAAGGUGGGGGUGUCGAUCACUUACCCGCUUGGCGGCGCUUCACAAGACUCGUCUCGACCGACGAAAGUCCGUAUAAGAUUACAAACUGUAAGCCA